UUUUUUCGCCGCCGCAGAGUAAGCACGUCGGUAACGGAAAUUCUCGUCAAAGUUUUUCGCGCUCUACGUUUUAACGGCGACCGGUCGUCGUCGCCGUCGCUGCCAACACUGUCAAGCGCAGCGGCGUCGCAUCAAGCAAAAACCUGAGAGCAGUGUUACCCAUAAAAGAGCGAAGACUGCACCGCCGUGCUGCCCUAAGUGUCGCGCAAUAACGGCAACAUACGAAAGAAAGAAGCAACAGAACUGAGCUAGAGCAAAUAAAUCAAGUGGAAGUACAAGGGAUUGCGAGCAUAUUGCAGACUGGCUACACACACACAUCCGCAGUCCCAUACACUCACACGCUCACCUACACAGACUGAGUCAGGCUCACAAUGAGCUCGUAUCUGGAACUGUUCGGACUGUUCGUGCUGCUGAUGUUGCCCUUUCUGUACGAGACGAAUCACAUAUUUCGCUAUUAUUUCAAGUUCAUGAUAUACUAUGGAAUCGUCUCCAUCAAUGCGAUCAUAUUGAUACCGGCAUUUCUCACACGGCCCUGUGAUGUACGCAAUUUACUCUGGGCUAGCACCUGGUGUCAUCGUGUCACAGCUUUGAUUGGACUGCGCUGGGAGCUGCGAGGCAAGGAGCAUCUGGAGAAGGAUCGCGCAUGCAUUAUCGUGGCCAAUCAUCAGAGCUCGCUGGAUGUGCUGGGCAUGUUUAAUAUCUGGCAUGUGAUGAACAAGUGCACGGUGGUGGCCAAGCGGGAGCUGUUCUACGCCUGGCCCUUCGGACUGGCUGCCUGGUUGGCCGGGCUCAUAUUCAUCGAUCGGGUGCGCGGCGAGAAGGCACGCGACACGUUGAACGCCGUCAAUCGUCGUAUCAAGGAGCAACGCAUUAAGCUAUGGGUAUUCCCGGAGGGUACGCGCCGCAACACGGGUGAACUGCAUCCGUUCAAGAAGGGCGCCUUUCACAUGGCCAUCGACCAGCAGAUACCCAUACUGCCGGUUGUCUUCAGCUCCUACUGCACAUUCCUCAAUGACAAGAAGAAGAUAUUAAAUGCCGGCCGGAUAGUGAUAACCACGCUGCCGCCGGUUAGCACCGAGGGCCUGACCAAGAACGACAUCGAUCAGUUAAUGGAGCGCGUGCGUAGUCAAAUGAUCGAGACCUUCAAACUCACCUCCGCGGAGGUGCUGCAGCGCUACAAGCCCCACAAGCCCAUUACCCCAACGGUGGUCAAUGGCGCCGAGGCUGUGGCAGCCGCUGUCGCCAACAGCUCCGGCUACGCGCAGCUGCAUGCGGCCAGUGCCUCCUACGAGACGUACAAGAGCAGCGCCAGCGGCAAGGCGCCCAUGCUGAAGACCCUGUAGGUCUCUCUCUUUCUAUAAAUAUAUAUGUAUAUAUAUAUAGCAUAUAUAUAUGUAUAUAUAGAUGGGUGCCUAGCAAUACUUUACUUAUGACAUGCACGAUCGAGACUUUCUUCUUAGGCAACACACAUACCAAAAAAAAAAAAA